AUGUCUGCCUUGUCCUUACAUAUCUUACCCACAGAACUUUUACAUCGAAUUAUUGAUUAUAGUGAUACAGAAACCGUAUUUUUUUCUUUUCGAAAUGUUUGUAAACGUUUUCAAACAAUUCUUAAUGAUUACAAUCAAUAUCAACUCGAUUUUCGUUUAAUGACAAAAUCAAAAUUUUGUCUUAUACGUCGUUUCAUUCAACCUGACAAAGUUAUUUCUCUUGUUAUAUCUAAUGGACAUAAAACAACUGGUCAAAUUAAAUUAUUUCUUUCAUUGUAUGAUAUAUCUUUAUUUACUAGACUUCGUUCGUUAACUCUUAUUCAAGUUAGUGACCUAGACGCCGUUGAAUAUUUAAAACAUGUUAGUACAUGUUCAUUGAUCUCGCUAUCUGUUGAUUAUGGAGAUAUGCAGAGGUCAAUCGCUGAAACGAAUGAAUUUCUCUCAUCAAGUCUAAAAAAACUUAAUAUUCUUCGAAAGCUCGAUUUAUCUAUAAAUCAUUUAAUGGUUGAUAGCAUACAAUGUCCAAUACAACAUAUAACACUUACUCGGUGUACUCUUAAGAAACCAAUUUCUGAUAUUCUUCUUCAUUUUUUUCAUUUAAAAACAUUAAUAUUAAAUGGUGUUUCUAUGCCCAAUAUUGACGAAAAUUUGGUUACUACUACGCAAAUAGAAUCAAAACUAAAAUCAUUGACCAUUACAGGCUAUUCUUUGUCUAUGAAUAUGAUUAUAUCAAUUUUGUCAUUCACACCAUUAUUAAGUCAUCUUAAACUAAUAGCAUGGCCAACGAUGCCUGAACGUUCUUGGAAUGGUCAUUGGUGGGCAGAAUUCAUUGAAAAGAAUCUAAGUCAACUUAAACUAUUUGAGUUUUUCUUUGACAAGCUGAUAGAUUGUAACGAAAAUACUCGUGAUAUUGAAUCUAUCAUGAUUCCCUUUCGAAUAUCAUUCUGGCUAGAAAAGCAAUGGUAUGUUGCAUGUAAUUAUUAUGAAAAUAUACGUAAACUAGAACUGUAUUCAAUUCCAAUAUGUAAAUCAAAUAUUUCAUAUAACUGUUCGACAAACAAAAUUUCUUCUUCAAAUUUAAUAAAUGAUCCACCAUAUAUAAUGGAUAAUGUACGUUCAUUAAGUCUAGGUUUAAUUCCAUCAACUGCUAUUACUUGUGAUAACGUAUGA